AUGCACAUUACCGACUACUGUAAAAAAGAUAUCCUUGUUCUCUGGGACAUUUCGAAUUAUGUUAACUCUACGUACAUCGAUGAUGUGAAAGAAUUUCUGAAGAAAUUUAUCAAAAGUGAAAAGCUGCGCGUGGAAGAACAAGGCACUCAUCUUGGUUUCGCUUCCUUCUCAAGCGACAACCGAACUAGAGAAUUAUUGGAGGUUGGCGAAAUUAAGAACAAAACAUUGUUGAUGCAGUGGCUGGAUAGAAUUGGCUUUGAAAAUAAUCCGAGCGGCGAUACGGCGUCCAAAAGUAUGGUAAAAAAUCCGUUUAACGGGACAAGUCCUAAAAAUUUCCGUGCGGACGUAGAAGACGUUAUUUUGAUGUUAACCAGCAGCGCACAUGAAUCUUCAGAAAAUCAAACGAGGCUUGUCGAUGAAUAUACCACAAUACUUAGCAAGAAGAAUUUCACUAUUGUCCGCUUGGCGGUCGGAAAUGAGGUCAAAAAGUUGAAAUUAUAUAUUAAUGGCUGGUCGUCACCAGAGCGAAUAUUCGAAUUAAAGUUGGACGAGUUGGACAAAGUUGUGAAUGAAACAGUUGAUGCUUCCUGCACUUUACCUGGAGGAUGUGAAUGCAGAGAUGGCGGUAACUAUGAGUUGACUGCAUAUGCUAAACCUAAUGAAAUCAAAGGGCUGGUCCAUUGGUCAGUACCAGAAGUCACGUGCACUGACUAUGAGAGAGGCCAAGUUCAUCCACCUGACGUCAGGUCUCCUGCAAAUUUCUCGCUGGGCAAGCACGUGAUCACCUAUCCCUACUCGUACAAACGCAAUAACAAGACUAUAGAGUUCAAGUGUUUUGUUAACGUCAUUGUUGUCUCUUGUGAUUGCCCAUGCCCACAAACAGUAAAUUCUAAAGUUGAAGAGGGCCAGGACAAGAUCUUCGUCAGUUGGACAGAACCUAAACCUAGAUGCCCGGCAACACCCCAUCCUGCCAAUCCGAAAUUUAUUGGUUUGUUUUCUAUUGGUAAUUACACGCGGUACUACAAUUACACCUACAGCAACAAGCAUCAAACAUUUGGCAUCCAAUGUCAUGUAAGAAUUGGUGUCACAGAGAAUAAAACGCUGAGGUUACAAGGAUCUUUAAGUAAAAAUGGAACAGGUCGUGUUGAAGUGUUCCUCAAUGGACAAUGGGGAACAGUCUGUGAUGAUGGAUGGGAUUACAAUGAUGCUAGAGUUGUGUGUCGUCAACUUGGUUAUCCAGAUGCCGUUAGAGCUCUUCACGGAGGUAAGGCUCCUGGUGGUUCUGGACGGAUAUGGUUAAAAUGGGUUGAAUGCAAAGGAAUGGAGCAAAAUUUGAUGAGUUGUUCUCAUGAAGGAUGGGGAGAACAUUAUUGCAGUCAUAUCCAAGACGCUGGAGUAGAAUGUGUUUCAACAGUUUGUGAACUUUAA